AUGAACCUUCUUUCGGAUGAUGCACUAUUAUGGAGCUGGAUUGCUCUCGCCGUACUUGUGUUUCCAGUGCUUUUCCUCGUAUCAGCACCAUACGGGCGGCAUUUGCGUACCGGCUGGGGCCCUACGCUGCGCAGCGACCUGGGCUGGAUCAUACAAGAGAGCCCCUCGUUCCUGAUUAUGGCCGUGUACCUGACUCGUUGGCUUCGUCAGCGUACCGACAAACUCUUGAAGCUCGGGUUUGAUGAACGGGAGUGGAUGACUGUUACGUUGGCGUUCUGUUGGCUUGUUCACUAUGCGAACCGCGCCUUUGUGUUCCCUCUGCGGAUGCGUGGAGGCUCGAAGCCUACCACCUUCACUGUUGUUUCGACAGCUAUCCUGUUCUGCGUCAUUAACACCUAUUUAAAUGCGAAAGCACUGUUCGUUUACGAAUUGGUCAUUCGCUCGCGUCGGUCCUUGGACUGGGCAUUCUGCAGCGGCUUAUUGCUUUGGGUGUGUGGCUUGAUUGGCAACUGGCAUAGCGACGCGAUCACGAGAGCGUUGCGGCGAAACCCUGAAGAGAUCAAAGAGAAACGUUACGCUAUUCCAUAUGGUGGUCUGUAUCGCUACGUCAGCGCGCCGAACUACUUCUCUGAGUUUGUGGAAUGGACGGGUUUUGCGAUCGCCGCACAGACGUGGGCAGCGUUCUCAUUCGCGCUUUGGACGUUUUCGAACUUAUACCCCAGGGCACGGAGCAACCAUCAGUGGUAUUUGGAGAACUUUGCCGAGUACAAGUCACUGAACCGAAACGCGUUCUUCCCGAACCCAUUGAAAUCUGCAGCUGUCCGGGCGAGGGCGCCGCAGCGACGGGGUGCGUCUUCACACCAGCAAAAAAGUCGCUAG